AGCCAUCAGGACCUUUCGCUUCAAUCUCUCUCUCUUUCUUGCAGCCCUGGUCUCUGUCUCUCCGUACAGAGCGCUUAUUCAGACCUCACGUUGCCCUUCGAGCUCCGCCUGCGUCCCCGUUUCUUCCUCCCCGUCAGACUAUUUACGCCACAAACACCGAAUUUUCCUGCCAAAGGCCGGGGUCGGUGGUCCUCGCAUUCCUUUGGGGACGUGGGUUGGGGGUGGGGGACGGUGUGCAAAUCUGGUUGGGAUUCGACAGAACCCCAGGCGGCUGCACUUAUACACAUCCUCCUGAAUCAUAAGCAUCGGUCAGGGUUCCCUGGAAAAAUCUGGAUGCCUAACAGGAACACUCAGAACCGAUGCGGCUUCUCCACGGCUGAGAAAAAUCGCGAUAUACCACCGUGGGGUUGGAAGCCUUUUGGCUGCAGUCUGCUGUUUGAACGGCGCCGGGGCCGUGUUUGCUGUUUACAAAGUAGCGCUGUGUUACAUACAAAUAAACAGAGAAGAGUGUGGCCGAGAGAGGAAGGGGGAGAAAAAAAAAAAAUAUCUGCAGUACAGGGAGAGAAAGACCGAAGCGCUAGCUCUCUGCAAAGCGGGACUGGUGAGGCAGCCUGGAGGACUUAAUGGAAACUAUGACGGGCUUGUGUGAUGCACUGAAUAACGCACGUGACUGAUUAGGACCGGGCUGGGGUUUGCUGGGCAGCGACCCGGGGCGCGCUGGAGACCCCGGGGUGAAGACGGAUUGAUGGUGUCUGCUGGACCUGCUGCCCAGGGCCAUUUGGAAUGGCUGUGAACACCUCUAGGAAACCCCAGGUCUUCGGUCGUAGAGAUGACAUUAUUUGGAGAGGCUUCCUUGAAUCGUUGUCAUAGAGUGGAGUAGACCGUUCUUAGCUUCUGCAUCGAAUAUUCUGCUAGAGGGGAAAAAUGUGCUGAGAUGGAAAAGCAAUCAAGUAGAUUUUCAUGGAGGCAUUUUUAAAAGCAUCCUCUUAGAAGGACGAUGUAAUGGCCGCCUGCUGUGCGUCGGCGUUCUUAUAAAGGAUCACUGUUGCUGGGAGGUGCUGGACGCGUCUGGCAUCUUUGGAGCCCUGCAGCGGCGGGAAUCCGGUCCGAGGAUUAAGGCAGCGCAGCGGUCUUGGGAUGGGCGGUCAGGACCACCGCCGGGCUGGCUGUUGACCUUGGGCUCUGUCUAUGCCUCAUCGGGAGUGGGUCUGCAGGAAGCCCUUCGCCUCUCCCGGCGCUCGGUUCUUGGAAGCCGCUCUGUCUCCCCGAGGGCACCCCCGCCACUCCCUUGUCUGGUCUGCUCAGAGUCUCCGCCCCCAGACGCCCCACCCACCCAGCCCCGGAUGUGCCCGUGAGCCAUGUCGAGACCCCAGGGACUGUUAUGGCUUCCGCUGGCCUUCACCCCCGUCUGCGUCAUGGUCAACUCCAACGUCCUGCUGUGGAUCACCGCCCUGGCCGUCAAGUUCACGGUCAUCGACAGCCAGGCCCAGUACCCCGUGGUCAGCACCAACUACGGCAAGAUCCGGGGCUUGAGAACGCCGCUGCCCAAUGAGAUCCUAGGGCCCGUGGAGCAGUACCUGGGGGUCCCGUACGCCUCGCCCCCCACCGGGGAGAGGCGCUUCCAGCCCCCCGAGCCCCCCUCCUCGUGGACCGGGGUCCGCAAUGCCACCCAGUUCGCCGCCGUCUGCCCCCAGCACCUGGACGAGAGGUCGCUCCUGCACGACAUGCUGCCUGUGUGGUUCACAGCCAACCUGGACACGCUGAUGACCUACGUGCAGGACCAGAAUGAAGACUGCCUCUACCUGAACAUAUACGUGCCCACGGAGGACGACAUCCAUGAUCAGAACAGCAAGAAGCCGGUGAUGGUGUACAUCCACGGCGGGUCCUACAUGGAGGGCACGGGCAACAUGAUCGACGGCAGCAUCCUGGCCAGCUACGGCAACGUCAUCGUCAUCACCAUUAACUACCGGCUGGGGAUCCUAGGCUUUCUGAGCACCGGCGAUCAGGCGGCCAAAGGCAACUACGGGCUCCUGGACCAGAUCCAAGCCUUGCGCUGGAUCGAGGAGAACGUCGGGGCCUUCGGUGGGGACCCCAAGAGAGUCACCAUCUUCGGCUCGGGCGCAGGCGCCUCCUGCGUCAGCCUCUUGACCUUGUCUCACUAUUCAGAAGGUCUCUUCCAGAAGGCCAUUAUCCAGAGCGGGACCGCCUUGUCCAGCUGGGCCGUCAACUACCAGCCCGCCAAGUACACUCGGAUCCUGGCAGACAAGGUGGGCUGCAACAUGCUGGACACCACGGACAUGGUGGAGUGCCUGCGGAACAAGAACUACCGGGAGCUCAUCCAGCAGAGCAUCACGCCAGCCACCUACCACAUCUCCUUUGGGCCCGUCAUCGACGGGGACGUCAUCCCCGAUGACCCUCAGAUCCUCAUGGAGCAGGGCGAGUUCCUCAACUACGACAUCAUGCUCGGCGUCAACCAGGGCGAGGGGCUCAAGUUCGUGGAUGGCAUCGUGGACCACGAAGACGGCGUCACGCCCAACGACUUCGACUUCUCCGUGUCCAACUUCGUGGACAACCUGUACGGGUAUCCGGAGGGCAAAGACACCCUGCGGGAGACCAUCAAGUUCAUGUACACAGACUGGGCGGACAAGGAGAACCCCGAGACGCGCCGCAAGACCCUGGUGGCCCUGUUCACGGACCACCAGUGGGUGGCCCCUGCCGUGGCCACCGCGGACCUGCACGCCCAGUACGGCUCGCCCACCUAUUUCUAUGCCUUCUAUCACCACUGCCAAAGCGAGAUGAAGCCCAGCUGGGCGGACUCGGCCCACGGCGACGAGGUCCCCUACGUCUUCGGCAUCCCCAUGAUCGGUCCCACCGAGCUCUUCAGCUGCAACUUCUCCAAGAACGACGUGAUGCUCAGCGCAGUGGUCAUGACUUACUGGACCAACUUCGCCAAGACCGGUGACCCCAAUCAGCCUGUUCCACAGGACACCAAGUUCAUUCACACAAAACCCAACCGUUUCGAGGAGGUGGCCUGGUCCAAAUAUAACCCCAAAGACCAGCUGUAUCUGCACAUCGGCUUGAAGCCCCGCGUGAGGGAUCACUAUCGAGCCACGAAAGUCGCCUUCUGGCUGGAACUGGUCCCACACCUGCACAACUUGAACGAGAUAUUCCAGUACGUGUCCACCACCACCAAGGUGCCCCCUCCGGACAUGACGUCCUUCCCCUACGGGACCCGGCGGUCGCCCUCCAAGAUCUGGCCCACGACCAAACGCCCGGCCAUCACCCCAGCCAACAGCAACCCCAAGCACUCCAAGGACCCUCACAAGACGGGGCCUGAGGACACCACGGUCCUCAUCGAGACCAAACGGGAUUACUCCACCGAGCUGAGCGUCACCAUCGCUGUGGGGGCAUCCCUGCUGUUCCUGAACAUCCUGGCCUUCGCCGCCCUCUACUACAAGAAGGACAAGAGGCGCCACGAGACCCACCGGCGCCCCAGCCCACAGAGGAACGCUGCCAACGACAUCGCGCACAUCCAGAACGAGGAGAUCAUGUCCCUGCAGAUGAAGCAGCUGGACCACGAGUGUGAGUCGUUGCAGGCUCACGACACGCUGAGGCUCACCUGCCCGCCGGACUACACACUCACGCUCCGCAGGUCUCCCGACGACAUCCCACUCAUGACCCCCAACACCAUCACCAUGAUCCCCAACACACUCACGGCCAUGCAGCCGCUGCACACGUUCAACACCUUCAGCGGAGGCCAGAACAGCACAAACAUACCACACGGACACUCCACCACCAGAGUAUAGCUCUGCAGUCCCCUCCUUCCCCUCCCCGCCCUCUUGCCACCCCGCCCCCUGCAACUGGAAGACGGACAAAGAAGCACCAUCUCCAAACAAGGAAUGUGUUUCAUCCCACUGGCUUAAGACACACACACACACACACACACACACCCACACACAAACCCCAAAAGGGCAACCAUUGUGUCUUUACAGACCUCCCAUGCUGGCAUUUCCCAGUACCACGAGAUCAACUUUCAACCCGACGAAAUGUGAAACGGUAUCCAUUCGCUGUCGCUGUUCUGCUUUUAAGACCCACCACCAUCCAAGCCGACUUUAGCGCGACAAGGACGUCGAAGUAUCAAGGACCUGGGCGUUUCCAACCGUGACCGUAGAAGCUGACACCCUUCUGGAACUCAGCCAGGGACACUAAUUCUUUUUUUUUUUAAAUCACAGUUGAAAAAAAAAAAAAUAAUAAAGUUCUUUAUGUGCCACACGACAGAUGGCUCUCCUUAAGUGAAAAACAAACAAAAACAAACAAAAAGAGUCUGUGGGCUUUUACCCAGCAUACGGAGCAGUAAUCCAGAAAAGAAGGAAAAGUAGAAUUUUAUUAUUAAAAUAAACGAACAGACUAUGCAGUUACAUACAUAGAAUUCUGUGCAAAGAGAUGUUUUGCCAGCCUGAACUAUAUUUAAGAAACUUUGUAAAAAAAAAAAAAAAGAAAGAAAGAAAAUGUAUAUAGCUGUGAGUUUAAACAAACACGGAGAGAAAAAACAAAAAAAAAACAAGCAAAAAAAAAAAAAAACGCUUUUAUUGGUGUUUUCAGUUUGAAAGAGCUUUUAGCAAGGUUGUGCUUUCUUCAUUGUGGUCUGUAUGUAUAUAAAUCGGUAUAUACAUUAUUCAUAUCACCUCUGUUCCCUCCAGACACGGGGUUUUCUAACGCGUUUCAUUUGUAAGAGGAUAUGGUUGUCACAUGGUGGACUCUGACCGUCCUGUGACCGGGCUCUCUCCCCAUUUUUUUGUUUUUGUUUUUGUUUUUGGGCUGGAAAGUGCAUGCAACGGCAUUCUUAGAAGACUGUUGUUUUUUUUUUAGGCAAACUUAUUUUUGUGUUGUUAAAGACUUCAUGAAGUUGUAACCGCCCCCCCACCCCCCGCAAGAAGCAUCCCCAGCGUGGAGUCUAUUUAAAAGCUUGUUGACUUAGAUACACACACAUGCAGAGAAAUCGCAGGGCCUGGGAGGGGAGGGUGUGGGGAGCAGAAUACAAGUCUCGUUCUGUAGCUGUGGCUCUUUGAAUCUGUUAAGGAAGAGUCGCUUCCCACACCCAGGGUCCUGCCAAAAGGGAGAAAGAAAGCUUGUGUUUGGUGGGCCGGCGGUCUGCUGAGUCAAUACAUCUCUGUGUUCCCCGGCAGCUGCAGAAAUACCUGUUCAGCUUAGCUAAUCAGAUCGAGGGAGGGGGCAUGUGUCUUUCCUUUCUGGUAAAAGCAGUCAAGUCCCUUAUUUAUCAGUAAGCGGGGUUUUGUUGUUGUUGUUUUUGAAUUCUUUGGAUCAUUUAUGGGGUAAAACAUAACGCUUGUCUGAAACGGUUAUGUUUUGUGCAUUUUGCGUAUCCGUCACUGAUCCGGGACUAUCACAGAGAGGAGACCAAGGAAGGGAGAGAACGCUCCAAGGGCUCUGUGUGGGUUUUCCAGGAAGUUAGAGAAUGGCUUGACUGUCAAGAUAACACACGGAAAUAUUCAGCCAUUCUUCACUGGUGAGGUGGGGAUGAGAAUCUCGGCGCCUCUGACACCAAGUCAUUUUCUUAUGGUCGUUUUAGCUUUCCUUAAGGGAUACCACGCAGGUGUCGUUAAGUCGAAGGAAAAUCAGUAGCAACCACGGUGACUUGAAGUUUUGGCUUUCAAAAACCUAUCGCCAAGCCAGGAAAUAGAAGCCAAAGAUGGGAUGUCUCGGGGCGUGGUUAUCAGAGCAACUGAGCUAAGGUACACAAUCUCAAGAAAGACAGUCCAAACUCCUUUUCCCUUGGUACAAUCUUUGAUUACCGGAACCCCUAGACUGAAACUGUAGCAGACCUUCUCCAAAGUCUUUGAAAAUGACCGCCCUCCACCCCGCACCCCCAGAAAAACAGAGUUCUUAGGAAGUCAGUGCAGACCCAUCUCCCAGCAAAUUCUGCUGUUCAUCUUGGUUCAGAUUUUAAGAGUGAGUCUGUGUAUAGACGUACGUGAAAUGUAAUCCCAACUUUGCACAGAGUGAAGUGCACACCCCUGCAGCUCAGAGGUGUCGUGGGUAAGGUUUUCAUUCAUCCUGUGUUAAAGCUCCCGUCAGACCAUUUCUGCAAGCUCUGUAUUUAUUACCCCAGCUAAGUGACGACAAAUAGGCUGUCCAGGACGUGACGGGGGAAGUGGCACUCGACAGCCGUGUGGGACCGGUCUGUUCGUAAUGUGAAUUUCAGUAUUUGUUUAGUAUUUCCAAUCGUCUUCUGCUAGCAAUAUGCACAGUAAUGUAUCAGGCUUGUGACAUUUGGAUAAGGAAAAAAAAAAGAGUUCUUGUUAAGUGAAUAACUUUAGCUUUUACAAAGGGUUAUGAUCAAAAGCAAUUUAAUACACCUUAAAUGAUAUCUUAUUUCUACAUGGAAAGAAGUUAUAGAAUCUUCAUAGAGUUCUAUGAGAAUAAAAUAUACUUGCUAUCUAUAAAAAAGAGAAAAAUGAGAAAAAAAAGUAAGUUAAAAAAAAAAACUUUCCUAGGCUUUUAUUCUUGAACUUCACUGGCACGCAGGGUUUAAUGGUUUCUCGGAUUAUUAUUUUGCGAUUUUGUUUUUGAUUUUGCCUUAAGUAAUGAUAGAAGAUAUAUAUGGCUGGACACAUAUGUAUAAACUUUUCAGCAGCAUUUUUAAUAAUAAAAUAUCACAGUAUUUUCUAA